AUGGCAGCUUUGGAGUGUCUACGGGACAUUGGCUUAGAUCGCGACGUCGAGCAGGUUUCUUCAAAGGGUCACUGCAUGAUGCACACUAGGUGGUGCCACAGUAUGGCUGGGGAGGACCCGUGUCAGCCAGCUGAUAUCCCUCAAACCCUCCUCGAGCCAAUUCUGAUCCGGCACGCCACCCAUAACAACUUCCAAGUCAGAUUCGACACGAUUCUAUCAUCAUUCACGACAGACGAGAAGACAGGACGGAUAACAGCGACCCUGAAGGACAAGUUCUCCAAUCUGGAAUACAAGAUUGGCACCAAAUAUCUCUUCGGUGCAGAUGGCGCGCAGAGCCAGGUAGUCAAGCAGCUUGACCUUCCUCUUGAGCGCAAGCCAGGCCAAGGCCUCGCGAUCAACGUUCUUGUCAAAGCAGACCUGUCUCAUCUGGUGAAACAUCGCGAGGGGAAUCUUCACUGGGUUAUGCAGCCUGAUAAAGAACAUCCUGAGUUUGGAUGGAUGGGCAUUGUGAGAAUGGUCAAGCCAUGGGAUGAGUGGAUGUUUAUUUUCUUUCCAAAUCGAGAUUGCGAUCCUAACAUACAGGUGUCCAAGGAGGAGUACCUAGAGAGAGUACGAGACUUUAUUGGAGACGAUACACAAGCUGAAAUCCUCAAUAUCUCCAAGUGGUUCAUCAAUGAGAUCGUUGCAGAGCGAUACUCCGACGGUAGUUAUAUCCACUGCCUGGGCGACGCGGUCCAUAGACAUCCGCCCAUGAACGGCCUAGGCUCCAACACAUGCAUACAGGAUGCCUUCAACCUCGCGUGGAAGGUCGCAUAUGUCGAGAAAGGCCUCGCAUCACCCGCACUUCUGAAUACAUACAACACCGAGCGCCAGCCCGUUGGAAAGUCCAUAAUCACACGGGCCAACGAUGCAUUCCGCGAUCACUUCCACGUAUGGGACGCCAUGGGAGCGCUGCCCGACAAGGUUGAAGAUCGCAGGAAGAUCGUCGACGAAUUCGGAUCAGCUUCAUUAAAAGGCGAGGCGCGUCGAAGGCGUUUCCGAGAUGUCAUCACCAAGACUUCACAUGAGUUCCACGGGUUGGGAAUCGAGAUGGGACAGCGCUACAGUGGGCCUGGUAUAUAUGACGCCGAUGAGCCUGGGCCAUACUCCCCUGCGGGUAAGGCAGCUGGUGACCCUAUCCUGUACUACGACGCCAGUACAUAUCCUGGAUGCAGGCUACCUCAUGUCUGGUUGAACACAUCCAUACCCUCGGAGCCAGUCUCCACCAUUGAUCUUGCAGGCCACGGUAAGUUUGUCCUAUUUACGGGCAUUGGGGGUGAGCCUUGGAAGACAGCAGCGAAGGACGUGGGUGAGAAGCUAGGUGUCCCUCUGGAUGUCCAUGCUAUUGGGUACCGUCAGCAGUGGGAGGACUUUUACUUCGAUUGGCAGCGGGUGCGCGGUGUUGACGACUCUGGAGCUGUUCUUGUUCGGCCAGAUCGGUUCGUGGCCUGGAGGUGUCCUCGGGUUCUGGCUGAUAAGGAGGGUUGUACGGAGAAGCUGAUGACAGUGAUGAAGUCGGUACUUGGCUUCAAGGAGUAA